CAAUAGUUAUGGAAAUGCUUCAUAUGGACGUACUUGUCUCGCUAUCACUGCUUACUGGGAUCGUUAUGUUGCCCACGAAUUUCUACUUGCUCUACAUGAUAUCUAAAGGGGAAAAAAUAGAUCCUUAUUCAAGAGUUUUCUGUUGGGAUCUCUGGGUCUGCAUGGCAACGAUAAUUAUCAUAAGCUUGAUAGGUGCCUGUCUUUGCUCGCACAAGAUCUAUCACUGUAAAGAUUGCAUCAAAAAAACCAUAAGUAAAGCUAUGGCAAAUUAUAGGCAGGACGCUAAAUUCAAACACCUUAUGGACAUUUUACAAUGGGGAAUCAGGUGUUGUGGGCUUGACUCCUAUACGGAUUGGUUUAGCAAAGACUGGUACGACUUCACACGCGAUUACGAAUGGGAUCCCACUUCUGAUACAAAACUACGUUCGAAGGGAGUGGCGCUUGUUACUGACAGUGUUCCUCUCAGUUGCUGUAAAACAGGAUCGUGCAUAUCGAACUACUUGACGGAGAUGGGAACCUCGUCUAUACAUUUGUGUGGAUGCGCUGAGCAACUCUAUGUAACAGUCAUGACUGCGCUGGUUAUUCAGUUGAUUCUUUUUUCUUCCGUUUUUGUAGUUGAGCUUUUAGUUUUCAUUCUGGCUGUAUCCAAUGAGAACGAAACCAGCAAACACAUCAAAAAAGGCAAAACUCGCGUGUACGAUGUAAAGCAUCUUCUCAAUGUGAACUCCAACUUUGACUCGAGUGGUUCGCUUGAAUCGGCCUCGGACGAUAGUGAUGCUGAAGAAUCCGAAUCACUCAAGAUAGCAGUGGGAGAUGUGCCUGAUGGAUCGGCGCCGGGACUUCCCUAAUUUCGUACAUAAUAAAUU